AUGCGUUUUCAGUUUUCCGCCGAAGAGCAUUUCUCUGCGUUUGCGUCGCCUUCUCGCGAUUCGUCGUCACACGGGUGGGGGGCUGCUUGCUCUUUUGAACCGUCAACGGACACUGGCGAUCGGCAUGAACUUCAUGCAGACACAAAAGAGCCGAAUGGUGACUCUGACAGCUCUCUUUCUUCGUCCUCUUCUUCAUCCUCUUCUUCGUCUUCUUUUUCGUCUUCUUUUUCGUCUUCUUCUUCCUCUGCUUCUGGAGCGGCCGCGGUUGAGUCUGUGAGGGCGGACACUGCGGCUGUGCGACGCUUCUCUUCUGAAGUCGCCGGGAGAGGUGACCUUGCAUCGCUUCCGAGAGAGGCCUGGAGAGCAACUCCAGACGAGCGCGAAGGUCCUUCAGAGGAGACUCUGUUUCUGGAAACGAACAUGCACGCAGGUAGAGGAAACGGUGACGAGCGUCAGGAGCGCGAGUCGUGGUUCCAGGCUCUGCGCCGCAGCCUCAGCUUCGCGUCUCCCCCUCAGACUCGAAGCCAUGAGAGGUUCAGACACGAGGCGACCGCAGAAGAGACGAAGGCACAGAAGGAAGCUAAAGAAGAGAAGCAAGACGAGAAGGACAAUCCAGACGAUGGCAUAGGAGACGCGGAGACGGAGGAGACGCGAACAGAAGAAGAUAAGCAGGACGAGAAGAGCGCAGAGAAGAACGUUUCUCAGUCGACCGCCUGGGAGGAGGCUGGUCAUUGUGGAGUGGGCGAGAAGGGGGAAGAGCGCAAAACCACGGGGUACCAAAGAGACCAAAGGAGACACAGGCACUUCUCAGGCGUCCGAGACCACAGACCAGGCCGCGCGCGAGGUUCGUCGUGUUUCUCUUCUUCUUCCUUUUCGUCUUCUUCUUCCUCCUCUUCGUCUUCUUCUUCCUCCUCUUCGUCUUCUGCGUCGAGUUCUCCUUCUGGGGACAGGCGAAUCCGGAAGAGGCGCGUGGAGCGUUCUGCGUCUACAAAGAGGGACCCUCGGCGGCUGCGGGAGCUGUUUGCCGACCGCACUCCGAACGGCGUUUUGUGCUGGCAGUGGUGCAGAGUAUGCCAAGCGGUCGUUUGCCCCUGUCGGCGUCUAGGCGAAGAAGGAAACCUCCCUUUUUCCAAGUUCCUCGAGCUUCUUCUCUGCAACGACAGCUUCCGAGGCGACGGGUCGUCUCUGUCGGCUGCUUGGGAAGACCCACAACUCGGACGACAGCCGAGCGAAAAGAUGCAACGAAAAGCAGGAGCCCGCGCGGCCCAGGCGCGGCGCUGCGAGACGAAGGGAGCUGCGCAGAGCGACGCCCUCCAAGUCGAGAAAGAGGACGAAAAAGCGGGAGCGGAGGAAAGAACCGAGGAAGGAGAGAGGGCAAAAGGGGAGGAAGGCGACGAGGAAGGAGAGGCGGGGGCUGAAGAAGAAGAAGAGGAAGGACUGGAGAGACAGGAGGUGGGUGAGGAGCAGACAAGCGACGGAGUGGAAGGAGCAGGAAGAGAGGUCGACUCGAGGCGCGACAGGGCGGGGAAGCGCGGGAGACGCGCGCCCGCCAGACGACGCAGAGGGAUGCAUUUAGAUGUAUGCGCGGAGGCGAAAGGAACGGAGAAGACGCGAGACACGCAGUCAGCUUCCCUCGCUCUCCGGCAACGAGGCGCCUCGGGGCCUUCAAGAAGGAAAGCGAAACGCCGCGAUUCCUUCCGUGCAGGUCGACGCGCGUUCUGGACCGCAGAACAUAUGAACAAGUCUGCCUUGUGUCCACACCUCGUUUUCAGGGAACGGACGUUUUUCUUUGCUUCUGCAGGCGUGAUCAUGUCGUUUGCCUACGAAGAUGUCCCCAUCUACACGCUGAGGCGACAUCAAAUGGACCAUCUCCGAAGAUUGGAAAAUCCAAACGCCUCGUUGCUUUCCCUCUGCAAGCUGAAGCUCGCGUCAGCCGUCGCAGCAGCCUCCGUUCAAGGCACUAGGGACUCGCACGUUGCGCGGGAUUCGAUACACAUUCCCGACACCCCACAAAAUUCAUGCCUCCAUGGCGACUCUUCUUCUUCUCUCCCUUCUUCUUCUUCUUCUUCUUCUUCUCCCCCUUCGUCUUCUUCUUCGUCUUCUUCUCUCCUUUCUUCGUCUUCUUCUUCUCCCCCUUCUUCUUCGUCUUCUUCUUCGUCUUCUUCUUCUCUCCCUUCUUCUUCUUCGUCUUCUUCUUCUUCGUCUUCUUCUUCUUCUUCUCUCCCUUCUUCGUCUUCUUCUCUCUCUGCGUCAGUCCUCGGCAUCCUACACCUGCUGCUUUGCGGAGUGUUAUUGCCCCUAGCUAGUGAGACGUAUUGUUUCUCUCGCCUUUCCUCACUAGUUGCGUCUUCGCCCUCGGCCUCUCCAAAGUGCGAGGGAGAGAAACGCGAGGGACUGCGUUCUGUCUCGCCUCCGAUUCUUCGCCUGCCUCCGCCGUUCUCGCGUGAGGCCUCUUCUAGGUCGACCUGCAUGCAUUCAGCUGAGUCCGCGUUUCCGAGAAAUCAAACGAGAGACACUCUUGCUUCUUCGACCGUCUCUGCACUCUCGUCUUCUUUCGCCUCCUGUAUCGUUCCCUUCCACUCUCCUGGACUUCCUCUUCUUCUCGACUUCACUCGCACUGACGUCUCACGUUCUUCGUCCUCUUGUUCGUCUUGUUCUUCUUCUUCUCUCUGUUCCUUUUGUUCUUCGCGUCCACUGUCGCCUUCUCGUUUCUCGCGUUCUUCGUAUUCGUCGGUCGAGUCCAAUUCUCAAUCAGGUGUGGGGCGACGCACAUGGCACUUACCUCCGCAGUCUGAGGAUUCUUCUCAGCCUGCCGCGGCCUCCUGUUCCGCCUCGUCAGAUGCGUCGCUGUCUCCGACCUCACGGACCUGGGGAAGACAGCAAGGAGACACCGCGAGCUCUCACCUUCGGCGCAGUCGCCAUUCGGAGACUCGCGCCGAGUCAAGCAGAGACGCGGCUGCGUGCCUGCGGGUCGCGUCCUGUGUGGUCCUCGACGGCGACGGACAGACAGGACAAGAGUCUCGGGAUGGAGCUGGAGGUCCGGCGGCUCUUCCGCGUCGCCUCGCACCGGAGAGAAAAGAGACUGGCCAUAUUGAAAAUAUUGAACAUACUGUGUCUCCGAAACCGGCCUUCGUCGACCUGUUCAAAGCGCUGAAGCAGGUCCUUCUUCAGCUCUCCGAAAAGGCAGAGAGCGAGCUCCGAGAAGGCAGAAGAAGGAGGCGAAGGAAGACGACGAGAGGAGGGGGGGGAGACGCACUCGAGACGCGAGGGCUCUGCAGGCAUCUAUGCGGAGAAGACGACUCUUCCUACACAGAGAAAGAGAUUCUUCUUCUCCUUUUGGAGCUCGUUCAGAACAUGCUUAACUGGACGGUCGACGCGAUGGAGGCGAGAGACGCUGCGCCUCGCGCCGCGGCUGAGGAAGGGAUCUCGGCUAAGACAGAAGGCGAGGACGCCCCCUCCCUGAGACGCUCACCACCCUUCCCUCACGCUCCAGCCUUCAUGGACACAGGCGUCGCGUUUCUCGCCGGCCUGGCGUCUCUGGUGUCUCCGCUCCUGUCUCUAUGCGAUCGAUAUACUUUCUUGUUCUUCCUCCUUGUCUCCGUGGAGCCUCGUGGCUCUUCGUUGCCCUUUACCUCGGGGGCCGGUUCGUCUCGGACUUCCGUCUCUGCGUCUCCGUCAUGUGAUGGAGAAAAAGCAGGUGAAUUGUUGAUGACUUCUUCCGCGUCGUUUGCUGUCGAGGGCGAAGGCAGCGAAGCAGAAAGAGGCGACCCGUUUUACCUUUCUUCGCCGACCGUCGCCGCCCCCCCUGCGUCUCCUCACACUUCCCCGGCGACGUCCGAGGCCCUCCAGGCUGCCCAGGCCUUUGUGCGUUUGAGUCAAAGAACCGCCGAGGUGUAUAGACACUUUGCGCGCCGUGCAGCGCUUCUUCUGCUCGUCUCAUGUUGCGCUUCUUGGCCCUCUGCGGGACGACGACGAGACGCGUCCGCUCCAGUCGCUUCUUCCAGAGUCCUGCGCGCAUCCGGCGACGAUGGGGGGCGUAGGUCGAAGGCGCGGAGGGGUGACGGAGAGACAGAGACGCCCGAGCACGCGGGGAGGCUCCACAGGUCCGACAGACACCAAGCCUUGGAACUGCGUUUGGCCGAACAGGAAAACGAGAGACCAGAAAGGACUCUGCCUCUGUCGAGGCGAGAAAUGCGAGCGUUGGAAGCCGGCCAUCUCUGCACCUCUGCCUUACCGCAUUUGCUGCUUCACAGAGAAGGCUGGGAGAGGCUCUGGGCGGAACUGGUUUCGGUGUAUAGAUACCUUGUCGCGGAACUGCACUGCAUUCUGAAAGACGCGAACGAAAAGGCGAGUCUUGGUGAGGUGGGCGGGUGUCGACAAGCAGAGCACCCGGGGCUGCUGUCGGAAGGUCGUCUCGCGAAAGACUCGUCGUCUGUCAUGAACGGAAACGAAAGAGAAGAACCUUUCAUAGCGAACCUCAGAGAGGGGCAUAAGGAGACUCUCGAACCCCAGAAGGACAGUUCCGGACAGGAGGAGCCAUGUCAAGAAAGCGAAGACCAACAGGAAGCGAAGGCUCCACUCUUUUUGGCCUCUCGUGUAGAUUCUUCUGCGCCGCCUCAGAGGCGACCUCGAUUUGAAGCGCAGACGGCGAGCGGCUUCAUCACCCUGACUUCCUUCGCGACGCAAGAGAAGGGAAUCUCUCAAGAAACAAACGAACGCACGGUCGAAACGACCCAAGACGAACCUCUGGAGAGGCGAGACCGGAUUGGCGCUUCUCGCGUUCCCUCACCUGUCUCUUCAGGUUCUUCGUACGCGAUUCUGGUAGCAUCUCGACUCGGUUCGGAGACGGCGUCUGCUCGUCUCCAGGCCGCUCCCGCUACUACACCGCAGACCUCGCGUACGGUAAAAACGAGAGAAAUCGAGAAAGCCUUUUCGUGGCGGCCAUGUCUCCACGAGCUCGCCCCUCCUGAUCCCACACACAGUCUCAAGGCUUUGCAUGUCUUGCUGAACGAAGUGCGAGAGGCCGCUGACAAGGCGGCGCGAGAGAGAGGCCUCCAGGGGGCUACGCCUGCAGUGGAGUGGAUUUCUGACAUCCGCCCUCUCUCUGCGGACCGAGGCCAGUCGUCUGGAGACACGAAAAAAAACAGCAGCGAGAAACCUGGAGGCCUGCCGUUCCUCAGCGCCUUGUCGCCGCUGCUGAACUUGAUGCCGACUCAUCCUCUGCUCCCGCGUUCGCCCGCGUCUCUCCCCCUCCUCUCGCCGACGACCUCUGCGUUGCAUGCAGUGUCGAAUUCAUGCAAAGAACGUGGAGACAAACAUCUCCCGGCCUCGCGCUCGUUGCUGCAGCCUGCCGCUGCAGGGUCUGUCUUCUCACCGGGUCACGCUUCUGUCCUUUCGCCUUCCCACUCUCUCCGAGACUCUUCGCGCCCGGUGUCUCCGACCUUUUCGUCGUCCUCCUUUUCGUCGUUCGAUGCUCUGCCACCAGCAGCGGCUCUUCAUACAAAUGAGGCUUUGGCAAACGCGCGCGAGUGCCUGAGGCUUUCAGACGCGAGGCCGAAGGACCCCGAGGACCCUCUGGAGACUCAUAUAGCACUCCCGGAAACCGGCGACACCCGAAAAUGGACAUGCGACCCCUUUCAAACGAGGGGAGAGAUACCGACAGGAGAUCGAGCUGGUUUCGAAGUAGAAGCGUCCAGAGGAGACAGACAAACGGCGAGUCCCCGCGGAAGUUUAGGCAUCUCCUUUCCACAGAAAGACGGCCUUUCGCGUAAUCGGGAACAAACACUGUCGGCGUCUGCAGAUGGAAACUUGAUUGUGGUGAUGAAGGUGCUCCCCCGAGAGAGCAGAGUGAAGCUCAUCCAGAACACAGAUGGCAGCGAGAAUGUUAAUGUAUCUCCUUUUGUGCCUUCGACUUCCUUUCCGUGUGUGGCUCUUGAGGUGUCUGAUUCGGUCUCUGCGCCUCCUCCAUGCACAAGCAGGAAUCUUGGUGAAGACUGCCGAGUCUCAGGAUCUCUCCAGAAUUCUUCUGUCCCUCACCAGCCUUCGAGUUCGCCACCCUCGUCGUCUCCCUCUGGAUCGCACUCUCCCAAGACAGCCAACAGCAGCCGCGGCUCGCCGUUCCGAGGCGCAUGUCCAUCGCGGCUCUCUCCGCUGAAAGGCGACCGUCGGGGCAGAGGCUUUUUCCCCCUCUUCGUCUUUUCCCCAAGCAGGUGUGGAAGACGCGCUAUCUCCUGCGAGGUUCUGAAGAAAGCAGACAUGGUGCAGAAGGAACGGGAGAAGAAGAAGAAAGAAGGCGAGGGGAAGCGAGACUGUAGGUCGCUUCCUGGUCUUCCGCGAAUCGACGGCUUAGCUGAGAAAGACAGGAGACAACGCAGGGAGUUGAGCGCAUCUGAACGGAUGCUGGAGACCUCGCUUGAAAACGUCAGAGAUCUUGGGCUGGACUCAGGUGCUUUGCGCUCUUCACAUCGAGGCAAUUUCGUUUCGGCACCGCAGCAGACAGACGCAGCAGGUAAAGACACGGAUGACGUUUGUCCGCUGUCGUUGAUGAACGGAGAACAUGGAGCGAAUCGCGAUACAAUUAAAGAAGACGAAGAGGAAAAACAGUGUCCGGACCCGAUGCCAGAGGGGCAAGCCAGGCAGCAUGCCAGAGACCACAAAGUUGGACAGUCUUCUUCCCUCCUGAGCCGUGAAGAACAGUUGCGAACUUUUGCCGGCGCCCAUGAGUCCCCCUGUGCUUCUCGCGCGUCUCCCGCGUCGUCUCCUCGGUUUCUUCGAGACAUCUCACCGGCCGUCAGCCCCCAGGCCUCGUCAAGGGCACUUGGUCAGAGGUCCCCGCAGUCUCGGAUGGAUUUCGGCCUCCCCACCUUACCAGCCUCUUCUGCGCCGUGUUCUUCCACUCCUCGCCAAAUUGUCGACUUCGCAUCGACUCGCGAGAAAUGCGGAGGCACUUUGGGGUUGCAGACUCUGAAGCGUCUCUCAUCUCACAUCUUUUCCAGAGUCGUGGAUGCUGCAAGGAACGAUCUCACCUUGCAGCUGUCUUCCCAGAACGCGCUUCUUUCUGCUCUCCACCCUGUGGGGUGUCAGGGACCUUGUGUCUUCCCCGUCGCUCAGAGCUCGACCUCAUCACCCUUCCGGCGCUGUUCAAGCGUCCACCAGGAAGACCGUGGUUCCUUCGUCUCUUCUUCCACCUGUGCGCCGGCGAGCUCGGUGGAAGGCGCCCAUGGUGUGUGGGUGCGAGCGCGCGAAAGCGAUGUCGGGUCGAUUAUCGCUCACGCGUUGCUGAGUGUCUCCAUGCAGAGGGCAAUGGCGGUUCGCUGGGCCUCUUGGGCGACUCGGCCAAGGCGAGGAAGCCGAGCAAGCGGACGCGACUUAAGCGAGCGAACUCAGACAGGUCCGCCGCGGAUACAACCUCGUGACGGGUGUCAAUCGUCUCUGAAAGGCGAGGCAUCAUCUGUGGCAUCGCGCGUCCGCACACACCCUGGAUCGCUGGUGCCUGUAGAAGACACGAGCGUUGGAAGCGAGGGGAGACGCGCCAGGGAAGCGACAGGGGAGAAGAAGGAAGAGACACGCAAACUGCGUCUCCCUUGCUGUGGAGCGAGUUGCGGGGGGUGUCUUCAUCGCUGUAGGUCGCCACCCUCCUCAGGAUCGGCGCCGGCGCCGAAGGAUUGUCCCGCUGAACCUGUAGAGACAAGACAGGCAGGUGAUGAAACAGGAGAUAGCGUCGAGUGCGACUGCUGCAGGGGCAGCUGCCCUGUGGGGCUUGCACGUCUCCGGCGUCUCCGCCGAGCCGAGGCGCGCGUAGAGACUGUUGUCGGCACUCGGAGACACAUGUGGGGUGGCGAUUGCGACUGUCUCCGGUGUGCAGCUCUAGACACGCUCCUGCAGCUCGCCACGCACACCCCGAUAGACGCGAAUGGGGGGCAGCAACGCGCCAAGAAAAGGCAUGACUCGCGAUCACCUCGGGGCUUGAACGCGAACAGAGGACGUAGGUUUUCUGGCUUAAAGUCGGGAGCGUUUAGGGGAGUAGGUCACGGACACCCGACGACUCUGGGACUUCGCGACCAGGCUCUCGAAAGGCCGGAGGAGCGAGAUUGGAACGGUUAUGCAGCUGCAUGCGUUGGUGAGGCGAACAGAGGCAACGAAUGUCCAGAGGGGUCCUGUGAGUUCAAACCAAUGAAACAUGAAGCCACCAACGCCCAGCUUUUCAGUGCUUCACAAACUCCGUCCCCCCCUGGUAGGUUCUUGUCUUCGUGUUUCCUUUCGCUGCCUACUUUGAGCGAGAGGCUUUGGUGCUUCAGUCCACCCGUCGUCUCUGCGCCAUUCUCGCCACUCUCGUCUUGCGUCGUUCGUCGCAUGCACGCACUCACCGGGGCAGCGACGUUGGAGCGCGAAGACGGAGAUUGGAGUCUCCACGGCGAGGCAGGGACCGCCUCGACCCAGACAAGAGACAAGUGUCUCCGUCCGUCGACCAGACAGCCCUGUGACCCGCCACAGGCGCACUGCGGGGACGACCACGGAGACAGCAAGGAGACAGUUGUCGGCCUCGCGAUUCGAUGGGGUAUGGGGGAUCAACGAGAGCAGCGAGGAAGAGGACACUGGCAUGUGGAAGACCGGCAGGAAGCGAAGGAGACCUCUGACGGAUGGCCGAGGGCAGGGCCUCGUUCUUCUUCGUUUCCCCCUUCUUCAUCGGCAGACGAUUCGUUUCCUUUUACCUUUUGUGGCGGAUGCGCUGAGGUGUCUGGAGAAGGCGAAAAGGCCUUAGAGGAAACAUGGACUCUCCUAAAGCAUGGUGUUGUCUCCUCCGCUCAAGCCGUCCCCCUUGCGACGCCAAAGCCUCACUCCGCGUGGCGUCCGUCUUCGUCUUCUUCUGCCUGCGUUCCGUUCUCAACGGGAGAUGGUCCUGCUCACUGUUGCCUGCUCCGCGCGUCUCCCUCUGCACUUGAAGACUCCCAAGUGCGGCCGCUGCCUGGUCUGUUGUCUUCGAAGGCAGCCGAGGAGACAGCCGGAGACAGGCGGGAGGCUCGCGGCUCGUGGAGAGGCUCGGCGGUGGAGACGCUUCGAGGGUAUUUGCGCCUAGACAGAGCCGCGUCUCCCAGACUGCAUUCGGUUGAGGACGACGGAACUGGCGCUCCUAAACCGGCGCCCAGAGGCGAGAAAGGACCGCUUGGGUGGGAAGAAGAAGAGCUGCGAGUGAUGAGAGAGAUCCUGACAGGUCCCGGCCUCGGAUCGCAAGACGACGGCGAGAGAGGAAAGGAGAAGGACGGAAGAGAGAGAACAAAAGGGCAGGGGUCGUUCUCUUUGCACGACCGUGCAGGCGACGCCAACGCGCACAUCGAAAUUCUGGUCAAGGCGAAGCGAGAAACGCCUGAAGAAGACCAAGGAGACGGAAAGGAGGAACCACGCGACAUCUCGUGUCUCGUAACUGUUUUCUACCCCACAAGAUUCCACGCGAUGAGACAUUUUCUCUGCGGCGACGACAUGCGCUUCUGUUCCUCCCUUCGAACUUCCCACCCUAUUCGCCUCCCUGGAGGGAAGAGCGGCGCUCGCUUCUCCCUCUCCCAUGACGGGCAGUACGUGAUCAAGCAGCUGAAUAGGCACGAGAUGCGCCUUUGGCUGUCUGAGGACGCAGGAAGCGCCCUCUUUCGCCAUGUCUCCGAGACGUUAUUUUCUGAGGAGCCGACGACUUUGACGGCCCUUUACGGCCUUUUUCAGCUCGCGUUUCCGGAGAAAAAAACCAAGGAGUUCUACAUCGUCAUGGAGAACAUGCGUCACAUGCGUGCACGCGAGGACGACUUCCUCUCCAAGUUGCAUUCUCUGUCUCUUCUGGCUCCUCUCGCGUCUCUGCUGCUCCCGAGAUCUGUUCCGCAGUCUCAGGAAUGGGGGUCUCGGCUUUCCGAAACUUGCCAGGGCGGUUGUUUCCUAACUGAGAACCGACAGCGAGAGUCCAGGGCAAGGGAUGUGAAAAACGCCAAGGCAGACAGAGUCCUUGGCGGAGACGGGGAAGACACACAACCUGAACGCAAGAAGGAAAACGGAGAUGAAGACGAAAGAACCUUGUCCGCUCUGGGAAGAGCCGUGACAUCUCAAACGUGUGUGGGGAGUCGCGGGUGUUCUGAAUGUGCCUUUCGGUUGCGAUUCCUUCAUCUUCUGUCUUCAUGUUCCUCCCCUUUUCAACCUGCUCCCGCACCCACGGUCAAUGCGACUUUCUCUCCAGAGUCCAGCCGUUCUCGUCUUCUUCUAUUCGACCUCAAAGGAGUCGGGACAAUGCGCUAUGUGCGGCUCGACGAAGAGCGCGUCUCCACUGACCCUCUCUCUGGAGCGCAUGCAGAGAGCGACGGAGAGCGAGCGCAAGGGGAUGGAGCGAAGCGACAUGGGAGCGCGAAAGAAGAGGCGGCUCCGCGACGGGAGAGGACUGAGGGGAAGGACGAGAAGGACGAGAAGGACGAAACGGAUGGACAACACAGGGGCAACACCAAGCAUGGAGCCGACUCAGAAUCCUUCUCUAAGACGCCAGGAUGCGUAACGCGUUCAGGAGGAGAAACGAGAAUCGCAGCACUCAGAGAAUCCGCCUCAUGGGGGAGUGAAGGCGGGACCUCGGCGGACAGAGGGGCGAGUCCGACGCGGAGAAACGGUGACGCGAGCGACUCGUUCAGAGCGAAGCGAGAGGGAAAUGAGGACGCGAUGCGCGGCUCCAGACGCAAAAACGAGCGAGUGCAAGCAGACGCGCGCGGGGCGGGUCUCCAGGGAAAAACAUGUGAAAACGAAGACGAAGAAGGAAGUGAAAAGGUUUGCUUGAGCGACGGCCGGGAAGAACUUUGGGGGGAUGCCUCUGAGGCGCGACAGAUGGAGACACAGCUGACAGUCGAAUGCGAAGAAGAAUGCCAAGCGUUUCACAAGAGACCGACUCUGGAAGGCGCAUGGCCAUGGCAAAAGGCGACCGAUGGAGCUGAGAGGAGGAUUGGAGACUUCAGCCAAGAGGCGUCAGGCAUGCCUAAAGCUGGAGAGAGACGCCAUUCUUCGAGAAAGGAAGCCGACGCGUUUCGGCCCAACAUGAACGGCAGUGAAGGCGGAAGCGAUACAAGGGAGUCCUGGCGCGCAGAGUGUGCGCAAGGUGAUACGGGAGCAAACAAAGAAGCAGGUGCAGUUGUGUGGAGCGAAGCGGACCCUCGGGAUUCGGCUGAAACCUGUGAAGUCACUUCUUCGUCUCCGGUUCUGUCUCAUCCCUGGCGUUCGUCUCGCUUGUCGCCUCUUGCGACAAGGCCUCCCGAGCUGUCUGAGAAGCCGGUCCGGGACCUGCAGAGACGCGUGCAUGCGCAGUCGCGUUCGGCCGUGUCUUCGCCUUUGUUUCCAUUCGAUUUGACGUUUUCCGUUUCGCCUCCCCAGCCUUCGCCCUCGGCGCCGCCUGCAGCGGCCUUGCCUGUUUUGUGGGACCAGAACUUCCGCGAGUUCUCUCGGGGGUUCCCCUUGUGUCUCGAGAGCAGCGACCAUGCAUGGCUGUGGCGAGCGCUGCAGCGCGACACACAGCUGCUGCAGAAGCUCGACGUGGUGGACUACUCGCUGCUGGUUUUGGUGGAAGAAGGCGAGAACUGUCGGCGGAUUUCCCUUGCCCUCAUCGACUUCUUUCGACCCUACACCUGGGACAAGCAGAUGGAGACCAUCGGCAAGUCGCUUGCGUACAUGACGCGUGGAUGGCUCGACGAACAGCCGACGGUGCUGUCGCCUCCGCAGUACCGCCUCAGAUUUCUUCACACCAUGGCCGCGUUCUUCGGACCGGCGUACCCCACCGACUUGACGAGCGUCUUCGCUUCUCUCGUCCGGACUGUUCCGACCCUCCCUUCGCUGGCCAGGACUCGCGACCGAGACAGACGGCCGCCGGGUCAAGCCGAGAACACAGAAGGUCGAAGAAGGUGGGCACCUCUGGGUGACGAUGCAAACGGGCGACAGGGAGACGCGCCAGACAAAGUCGAGAAAUGCGCGCGGCUGGUUAACGCUCCAUACUCGCAUUUGGCCUCAAACGGGGACCCUCGCAGUGUGCGGUCGUCGGCGACGGCACACUCCGUUGCCUCUCCAACAACGUCUGUCGCCACGCUGUUCGCGUCGGCAUCCUCUUCAGGGAAGGCGAACGCCUCUCGAGAGAUUUUUCCCCAGGCUCCGCGACCGCUGCCGGCGGAGGCGCUGCCCUCCUCCGCUCCUCCGGAAUCGAUCGAGGUCUCAGGACGACAUCCAGGGGAGAAUCCAGGGCGGUUCGCAGAAAUGGCAACCGGAGAACAGGAAAACGCCGGAGGCACAAGAGAGAAAUGUGACGGCGAAGCCGGCAAGAACGUGGAGGGCGUCGUGGUGGGGAAUGUGAAACGCAGCAGCGGAAAGACCAAGAGACAAAGAAAGGCGAGAAACGCGCGCAUGCUUCGUGAAACACAAAGUGCCACUGAGACUGUACGCAUGGCCGCAGCUUCUGCCUUUCUGCUGCUGCGGAUUCGAGAUCAACAGAGAAAGGACAGAGGCACACGCAUCUACGAUUGAGCGAGCCUGAGUGGAAGAACAAACCACCAAACCGCUUAACUUUACCUCAUGUUAGAGUGCAUGUACUGCUCCCAACAAGGUUGGUGGAAGGUUUCGUUUUUUUGAACGGCGCAAAGGGGAAGGAAAACUUUUCAAGUGCGUCAGCCUUUC